AUGACGGAGAAAGAUGAGAACGGAGGGGAUUGCGGUGAUGAUGAUGAAUGGGGGGAUCUGAUUACGACUCCUAAUCGUUUGAUUUCCGACGAUUUUUUGGUUUUGAAGGCUGAAAAUAUUGGUAAUGAUGAGGAGAAAGAGGGGAAAUUAGAGGAUCAGGAGCAGGAGAGUAGGGUUUGUAGUGAUGUUGUAGAAGACAUCAGUGUUUCAGUAUCUUCAUCGCCUGCUACUGCUUGGUCUCAGUUCCUUACGAUACCUUCCGGCAUUAGUCCUACGUCAUUGCUUGAGCUUGAUUCACCUAUUAUGCUCCCUAAUUCUCAGGCAUCUCCUACGACUGGAACCUUGCCGUACCCUCCUCUCAAUCAUGAAAUCUUGGGCAUGAACUCAGCAGUUGAAGACAGGAUCAGUGACAAUGGUUCUUUCACAUACCCGUCUCAUGGGGGUUCACUAUUAUGGCCAUGCAUUCCCGACCUACAAAAUCAGAACUCUGCCAUGCAGCCGACAAUUCCAUCCGAAUUCUCAGGAACAUUAUCGAAAGAAAGGGUCACAAAAGGCCGGCCAACAGAAUUGGAGGGGUUUAAAGCUGUGAAAAGUACCAUUCGGAAUGCCAAUAAUGCUGCUACAAUAAAAUCUACAGAAGGAGAUCAUACCAAACGACAUCUCCUUGAUGGGUACCCGAAGGAAACAACUCAGGCCACCAUGCGGAACUCUGAAGAUGGAUACAAUUGGAGAAAGUACGGACAAAAGCAAGUAAAAGGCAGCGAAUAUCCUCGGAGCUACUACAAAUGUACACAUCCAAAUUGUCAAGUUAAAAAGAAAGUCGAACGUUCCCGUGAUGGUCACAUUACCGAGAUCAUAUAUAAGGGUGCUCAUAAUCACCAAGGUCAUCGCAACGUAAUUGGGUCCCCGGCUUCAUUUAGUGAUUCCGGAUCCUACAUUAAGAUCGAAGAGGGGGAGGUAUGGGGAAAUAAUAAUAUCGGAACUCGUCAAGAUUGGACGCCAGAUGGUAUGGAGUUGUCAUCUUCCACAUCGGUUGUCACUGAUAAUUCUGAUAUUAUAUCACCCACCCAAGGGAAGUCCAUGGGUAUUUUUGAAUCUGCAGGUAAUCCCGAGCUUUCAUCUUCAAACGGUAAUUGUGAGUUUAAUGAAGAAGAUGGAACAAACGUAGGAAUGUUGUCACCAGGAGAUGACGCCGAUGAAGAUAAAUCAGACUUGAAAAGGAGGAAGAAAGGGAAUUUCUUACUGGAAACGAGUUUGGUAUCGAGAGCUAUGCGUGAACCAAGAGUCGUCGUUCAAAUUGAGAGCGAUGUUGAUAUACUUGAUGAUGGUUAUCGUUGGAGGAAAUAUGGCCAAAAGGUCGUUAAAGGGAACCCGAAUCCAAGGAGCUACUACAAAUGCACAAGUGCUGGAUGCCCGGUGAGAAAACACGUCGAACGAGCCUCAGACGAUCUAAAAUCCGUGCUGACAACAUACGAAGGAAAACAUAACCACGAAGUGCCCGUAUCCCGAAACAGCAGCCAUGCAACAAUGGACGUUGGGUCGGCCUCCAACACUCCUAACAGUCUAUCGUUACCAAGAAUCUCAAAUGUCCCUAAAUCCGAACCACAAGUUCAAGAUCUUCCUCUUCGGUAUGCCAGAAAACUCACUAAUGAAUAUAUCCCAUCCAAUUUCGUUGGAAACUUCGAUCCCGAGCCCACAAAGUUCGAAGCUUCCUCUAUUUAUCAGACGAAAUACGUUCCUUUCCAAAGUCCGAUAUCGUUUGGUUCGGUUUUACCCGAUUACCCUCUUUCACUACCGAUGACCAUACCACCUUCCGGACACAUGGUUCAUAAUGGCUUCGGUUUUAAUAACAAUGGAAAACGUACCCAUGAAGCUCAAUCUCAAUCUUUUAUACAAAACAAUGGAAGAUUCAUUAAACCAAAAGUCGAGCAGGAUGACGGGUUUUAUGAGAACGUUCUUCGUGUCCCGGAUCGUGUAAAUGAUGCCUCGUCGGCCAGCCGAAUUUCGUAUUACGGUUUUUGUAACUUUGGGUAUCUGGGUCAGCUUACGUGUACUGACUGGAUGCCCUUGGCGACCACGAAUGGCGUGGAGUCAUCGAAGGUGAACCUUAGGGGUGUAAACGAGCCGAACCGAGUCAAGUAUUAG